UUAUUUUCAGAUCUAGAUUCUAGCUAUUCUGCCAAGUGUCAUUUUAUACUUUCAUUUGUCAAGAUCGCUUAGUUACCAUAGCAACGGAUACCGAAUAACGUCAUCGCAAUGUUUAUUGUCGUGAAUUACGGAGAGAGGAAGCAAGCUCUCUUCAAUCCGAAUUGUAAGAUGCAACAUUUGCUUGAGAAUAUAAAAGAGCGUUGCCAGUUUCCAAGAAACAUCGAAAUUGAUUUAUCUGACGACAUUGGUAACCUGAAGAAUCUUUCGAAAUCAACUUGCCAAUAUGCAAAUGAGAUAUUGAACGUAGAACGAGAAAACCUUGUGCUCAUUGAAGUGCGGCGUAAUGGAAAGAAAAAUGAUGACGUCAUCGAUGGACUGAAGAGGUUAGCAGUACCUCCGCCCUUAUUUGACCCUGACGUGACGUAUAUACCACUACUUAACGAUGAUCAGAUCGUUAAUUCUAAAUUUCAAGCUCGUUUAACAUCGCGCGGUUCACCAGCGCUUUCGGAAACUCGGAAAAAAGACAAAAAAAAAACAGGGAGAAGAAACACCGAAGCAUUCAAUUCGUCGGAGAAAGGAAGUUUUGAUGCUAGUUUGACGUCACAAUCCCUUUCUUCAAUAAAUUCACCGAAGCGAAACGGAAGCAGCAAACCAACAAAAAAGACAAAUCAGUCUACAAACAGAAGCAAAUCGCGAGGGAAAGUCAAAUAGAUCGACUGCUAUUUUUCCUAUUCACACCAAAGAACUUUCGUUUACUUAUUUCAUUACUGUUCCAAAUGCAACGGUGUACGCUGUUGGACUCACAAAUAGUAUACCUCAAAGUAGCGCUUCUAUGGUUAUAAUUGCUGGCAUGCACACAUAUGCUUCAGCUAUGAAAAUAUUUUGUAAGACAAUACCCGAUACACAGUUAAUGCAUAUCUUCAUAAAAUUCCUCAAUCCCAAACUCAUAAGGUCAAAUCUACAUUGAGAAUUACUCCCAACGAAUUUUGAACAAUAUCUAUUCAAUUUCUUUAUAUAUACUUGUAGAUUCGAACAAUUUUUCUGUCUUAAGACAGUUAGCAUUACGUCCAACUGCAUUUCACUCAUUGGGAUAUUAUACAGAAAGGGUAUUUCUAAAACAUGGUAUUUUAAUAAAUUCUCCAAUUCCAUUCUUAACUAGGCUGAUCUUGAUAUUAAUAAUCCACAACAAAUCUUAAAUUUUGUGAAAUAAUUUCGUUUUUUAUAUAUAUACGCAUACUUGUGUACAAUGUAUACUGCUGGACCAUGUCAUUCAGCAAUUCAAAUCCAAAGAUUUUUUGAUAUAAAUGUUAUUUUAUUUCGUAUUUUCAUAAUAAAAUAUUAUAUCAUAAUAGUAUUCAAUCAAAACUUGUCUACAUGGCAGUAAGUCACAGCAUAAUUUACGUAAUCUAAUCCAAAAAAAAAAACACAAAAUUUACUGGAACUCGGCGACGUAAUAGACACAAAAAAGAUAUGGUUUUCAGGCUAAAUAAUGGAGGGAAGCUAGCAGAUAUUCAUAAAUUUCUACAAUAACUGCUAAAUGCCAUUACAACUACUGAAAAUUUUUAUCAAGGAAACGUAUGGAAUAUAAGACAGUUUGUGUUGAAGAUAUUGAUCAAGUAGGAGACAACGUCGUGAUAUACCAAUUAUUUCACUCGUAAAGAAAUAAUAGGUCACGAUGUCUGUUAGGUGAAUUUUGCUCUGCUAUUAAGUUAUAAUAACAUAUAUUACAUAUACAAAUCUAGGAUUUUUUAAAUAGAUUUAGAGAGGUGUAUAUUUUAUACAGAUUUUUAGAAACGUGAAACGAUAACCAAGUUUGAAAUUGAAUUUUCAUUUAUUGACAUUAUUUCUAGACAAAAUUCAUCAACUUUUGAAAAUAAUACUGCUAAGUCAUAUAACUCAUAGGCACAAAAUGAUUUCAAUUCCUAACGUUUUCCAUAUAUACUUGAAUAUUGUUCCCAUUAAAAUAGUGCUCCAUUUUAAUCUGUCAGUCUAGUUACGCACGUAGAAACAAUCCGCGCUUUGGUUUAUUAUUUACCGUACAUCACUUUAUU